GUGACACAUUGUAGGAAGACCAAUGCCAAUGGCAACACUGACAAAAGUCGCAAGGUAGGUGUUUUAGACAAUCAAUUGCAGAGGUCGUUCAGGUUUCUCGUCUAGCUUUGAUCUAGCCCUGCCGCUGCACGAUGGCGGCUGCAACUCACGGCGCCAACGUAUGGGCCGCCCUGGCUUCGGUUCGGGCCAAGAAUCCGCUGGUCCAGUGCAUUGCAAACUACGUGAGCAUGGACCUGGCGGCCAACACGUUACUGGCGGCCGGAGCGUCCCCUGCUAUGGUGCAUUCAGCAGAGGAGGUGGAGGAGUUUAUACAGAUUGCUGGUGCUUUGAGUGUCAACAUCGGCACACUAUCGCCUCCCUGGGUAGAAGGGAUGCGCCGUGCCAUAGCAGGCGCUAAAGAGGCGGGCAAGCCAUGGGUUUUGGACCCAGUAGGAGUUGGGGCCACCACUUAUCGAACAAAAAUAUGCCAGGAGUUGAUAGCAAUGGGCCCGACAGUGAUUAGGGGCAAUGCGUCUGAGAUCCUGGCAGCGGCGGGGGCAGCCACUGAAGCUACCAGGGGCGUUGACAGCUCUGCCGCCUCCACAGACGCGCUUUCUGCCGCCAAGCAAUUGGCCACUGCGUGCGGGUCCGUAGUCGCCGUAAGCGGCGCUAUCGACCUUAUCACGGAUGGAAGACGGGUGUUGCGCGUGGCCAAUGGGGAUCCCCUCCUUCAGAAAGUGACCGCCACGGGGUGCUCCGUGACGGCGCUAAUCGCCGUCUUUCUGGCCGCUAAUCCCGAGCUACAGCCCCUAGAGGCGGCCGCAUACACCCUCGCUUAUUUCGGGCUGGCAGCUCAGGUCGCAGUUGAAGCGCACCCAGGGGGACCAGGCACUUUCAGAGCGCACUUUUUAGAUGCACUGUACGCUUUGGGCGAGGAAACCGUGACGCAAGGAGCCCUCGUUUCCGAGGAUCCGCUAUAACUCGAGUGGAAACCAGGCCACGAGGGAGGCAGCAUUAAGCCCCCGAGAGGAGAUUCAUUACUGCCAUGCAUGCCGGUGCAAACGGUGUUGUCUAUGUCCUAGCCUGAUGAUCAGCUGCUUCGAGGCAGCGCAUCUGGUCAACUGUAAGCCUCAAGGCUCAGCCGCCCUGUCUUGCAAUUGAUUUCUCGCAUUGGCCU